AACACCGAUGAGGAGGAGAGCCACAGUAGAAAGAGAAAGCGUGCAAGGCCAGAAGAAGACGACGAAGUGAUUUCUUAGAGGUUUCAUCGGCCCGGUAGCGGGAUACGGAGGAGAAGAGAACAGCAGAAGAAAAGAUCAGGUAGAUUUCUCUGAGGUAAUAUUCUCUGUUCCUCUCCGAUAUUCUCAUCUUUAGGUUUUCAAUGAUGAUCUCGUUUCAUCUACUUCAGAUUUUUGUAUUUGCCCUAAUAUUUCUUGUGGGCUGCUUUGGCCACUUUAUGAUCUUUUAUGUGUGUUUUCUUGUUGUUGGACUCUGUAAAAAAUCUGAUUUUUAGAGUGUUCCUGGAUUGGAAACCCUACUUCGGUUCCAUGCAACUCUUUGCAAUUAAUGUGUUUGCUUCUCAUGUGAUUUAUCUGGGUUUGGAUAAAAAAUGCUCCCUUUCGCAGCAUGGACUAAAUGUAGUGUUGGGUGAUGCUUCAGUAAGUAUUUUUAGCUCUUAGCAUAAGCGAUCUUUGAACACCUUGAUCUUAAAUGGCCGACAAGAAAGUAUUUGUCUGUUCUGCGGCAAACUGUGGAAGCAGUUAGGAUUUUAGCUUGCUAUUGGCUUCAGUUUGAAGUUCCAACGAAUAUGAUCCUCUGUGAUGCUUGCCAUCAAGAUCUGUUUUGUUUCCAAUAUUGUCGGGUGUGUCUGCUAACAGCCAUGUAUCUGUUUAAAUGGCCUGUGAUGAGUAAUUUCAGUUUGCUGCGCCUGCAUGUUUCAAGUUCAGAAUCUAUGCGAGUCCUAAUUAUAAGCGGCAAAGAGGGUUUUUGGGGUUUUUGUAUCAAGGGCGUGGGUGGCAUUUCUUGCCAAUGUCAUCUUUUACUUGAUAAGCUAUAAUGGGUCAACAUGGAUGGUCUGAUCCAGACUGGUUAUAAUUCUAGCGUAACUAGACAGUAAUGCUUUCUCUCGUGUUAGAGUUGCUCCAUGUAUGGAGCUUUGUAUAUAUAUUCUUUUACAUUGUUGUCAAUCAAUGUAGAUGAUCAUUAAAGCUGACACCUUAGCUAGUCCUGUGAGGAGAUUAAUGAUUAGCUUCCUUAAAUAGCCAACUAUGGAACCAACGAUCUGGUUGGUUGGGCAUGGUCUAUUAGACUCAAAAAGCCUGAACAUCAAAAUUCAUUUUUUAAGGAAUAUUUUGCAUAUUUAUCGAACAAAAGCAAAACCAAUAAUGUAAAGAUCACUCAUGCUUGAAUGGAUGCUGUAAAUCAUUCCAAUUAGUGAUAAGAAUUGUUAUAUGCAUGACUACACAGAUUUAUCUUGUUUUAAUUAUUAUGUGUUGGUCAAAUGAAACUAUGUUUCCAUACUAUUAAAUGCUUUUUUAAUAUUAAAUCUACUCAAGUCUUCUUUGAUCUUCCUCUACCUCUUCUGGCUAUUGUGUUCUGAAUUGACUCUCCCAUGUCCAGAAAAUUAUGCAUUCAGCAUGUUUACCAUGUUAAGGAAAUCAUGCUGGUAAAUCCUUUAUAUUUAAGAUUAUAAAAUUAACACAGGUGUGUGUGUUUUUUCUGUUUUGUUUUAUGCUCACUUUGCUAUCUUCCUCUGCGGUUAAGAUAUGGUGGGAUAGCAACACUCCUGAUUCAUAUGGUACUAUGUUAAUUUGAAGCUAAAAUACCAUGGUUCUUCAAUAUUCAAAACAGAUUCUGCUCCAUAAAUAUAUUUUUCUUGUUCCAUUGGACAAUGUCUUAUUUGAAGGAUGCCAUCUUAGGUUUCUGAUUGAAGUGGAUGGUUUUGAGUCCAUUUGGGAGCGCUUAUUUCUUGCAGUAUUUAUUCUCUAUAUUGCCAGUGUUAAUUUCAUCAUGAGUUCCAUUUCCCUAAUUUGCUUCCUCUAAUCUAUGCAAGCAAUCGCCAUUUUUUUCUUCAUGAUAUCUUGCUCAACAAACAUUCUCAUUAUAAUAUGUAGCACAUAUUAGAAGCUUACAUUUUGCAGUUUAGUGAUUAUUAUGGAUGAGGGUGGGCAGAGGGGGAAUGGGAGAUACAAGACUGACCAAUACAAACCAUCUCAUGCACAGUGGAUGGCACCUCAGCAUCACCUGAAGGAAAACCAGACCAUAAAACUCAUCAAAGCCGAACGCGACAAAGCUCUUCAAGAACGUGAUCUUGCCAUUUCUGAGAAAAAAGCUGCUUUGGUUGAACGGGACAUGGCAUAUCUCCAGCGGGAUGCUGCAAUUGCUGAGAGGAAUAAUGCCAUUGUAGAACGUGACAAUGCUAUUGCAUCUCUUGAAUAUGCACGUGAGAAUGGCAUGAGUGCUAGCUGUGGACCUGGAUGCCCUUCUGGUCACCAUGGAUCUAAACACACGUACCACUACCACCACCAGCAGCAUCUUCAGCAUAUCCAUCCUCCAUCACAACAGUUGGUAGAUGCCUCUGGCCAAAAAAAGGAUGCACAAGGUGAGAUGUUUCCCAUAUCAGCUGCUUCAGAGACUGGAGUGAAGGCCCUGAAGGCCAAAAGGGGAGGGAAGGGGACCAAAGUCCAAUCGUCUUCAUUAAAGAAACCUAGGAAGAGUAAAAGGGGUGGAGGUGACAAUUUGAGCAAGCAGGUCACGAUUGCAAAGAAAGCUGGGGAGUGGAGAGGUGAAGUUGGAAUAGGGGAGGAUCUGACAAAGCAGGUUUCGAUGGCAAAGCAUCAUGAGUGGAAGAGUCAAGACCUGGGCCUGAACCAGGUGGCAUAUGAUGACACGACGAUGCCGGUUCCUGUUUGCUCAUGCACUGGGAAAUACCGCCAAUGCUACAAAUGGGGGAAUGGAGGAUGGCAGUCUGCCUGUUGCACAAUGACACUUUCCAUGUACCCACUACCGGUGAUGCCCAACAAGCGGCAUGCCCGUGUUGGGGGGCGCAAGAUGAGUGGAAGUGCAUUCAGAAAGCUUCUAAGCAGGCUUGCAUCAGAGGGCCAUGAUCUAUCUCUACCAGUGGACCUGAGGGAACACUGGGCCAAGCAUGGCACAAAUCGGUACAUUACUAUCAAGUGAGGAAGACUGUUGGAGAAGGGAAGGGAAAGAUGCCAAACACAUUUAUAACUUGAAAUAGCCUCUGGUUGGUCUUUCUUUUCCCUUAUAUUGAAAUUAUAGUGUAUGAUUCAGGUCUAGUACUAAGAGGUGCAGUCUUCUGAUGCUUGAGAGCUCAAUUGUAUCUGCCUAUCCUGGAAGGAGAUUUUUCUAAAUGGAUUCUGUUUCCUGAUGGAUUAUACUGCAUCAUCUUAUGUAUAUAGCUUGUGCUAUUGAUACUAAUUGUGGUA